GACGCCGCUGCCUGAAGUCCUCCCGGAUCUUGAGGCGUAUGGAACCUCAAGGUCUUUGUGACAAUGGAAACCAAAAAGUUGAUUGGUAAGCCGCUUCAACCAGCAAGACCUGUUCGUCAUCUGACUUCUCCACCAGGACCAGUGUUUCCUUUCAACUUUCAAAAUGAAUAUCCAUGCAACACUCAGUGCUUACAAAGUGGAGUUAGCAGAUGUAAGACGAAUGGAAUGCAAGCCUUUUCUCAAGGUCUUAAUGAACAGCAGCAACAUCAGUCUCCAGUUAAGAAAGAGAGAAUUAAAUACAGCAGAGAUUUCCUGUUGAAGCUCUCAAGUGUUUCCAUCUGCAGGAAAAAACCAGACUUUCUGCCUGAUCAUCCCAUUGUACUUCAAAAACCAGAAAACAACCAAAGUUUUAAGUAGCAUUUUAAGAACAGAUGAAUAUGAAGAUAAAGAAUUAUUCGUUUUAUAUUUUGGACACCUGAAAAUGAAGUGGAUCUAGUAACAAUAACUGUAAUGGACUGUGACAAUUCAAUUUAUUUUUAAUUUUGAUGGUUGGCUAUUUGGCUUCUCCUAAAAUGAAAAAGAGAUAUUUUAAUCUAUAAAGAAUUUUCUAAUCAGUUUCAGCUUUGCAGGACGUUUCCUGCAAAAAUUGGGAAAUAACACUGGAAAGUAGGAAUUUGGUUAGUGAAGUGGGAAGACUGUAUAAUUUGCAUGCUACUUGCAAUUUUUUGUUUUUCAUCACUUGUAAUAAUGGAAUGGAAAUGUAAGCUGUAAAGAUUCUCAAAUAUAAAGUAUUUGCUACGAUGUA